AUGAUUUCAUCUAUUCUUACAUCUAGGACUUGGAAAGAAGGGGAGUUCAUCGUAGCUGAUAUUUCCUUUGAACAUCAAGUCUGGCACGAGGGCUCUGAACUCCGUUUGAUCUUGAUUGUAGAAUUCUGGCAUUCCUGA